AUCUCCGUCGGAGAUGUCCCUUUGCGGUUUGCUUGAUAGUAUAAAAUGGCAUCAAAGAGAAUUUGCAAUGUUUAAAUGAAAGUUUUUGUUACAGGUGCAACUGGUUUCGUGGGAACUGCGGUAGUCAAGGAAUUGGUGGCCCAUGGUCACAAAGUGACGGGAUUGGCCCGUUCUGACGAAUCUGCUGAGAAACUCAUUGCUGUAGGUGCAACUUAUGUCAAAGGUGAAUUAACUGACACGGACAUUGUGGUGGAUGCUGCCAAAACCGCAGAUGGAACUGUGCACUUGGGAUUGGUGUACGAUGCACAAAAUCCCAAGAGACGGGAAGCCGUUGAUAGACACAUUAUUGGGGCUAUUUGUGACGCUUACAUUGGUACGGGAAAGCCAUUUAUAGCCACUGGAGGCACACUUUUUGUGGUGAAUGAUACCAAGGUCGACGAGGAUUUCCAGCAAGACUUUAAAAAGAUUCAAUUUGCAGAGGGUAGAGCAUCCAAUGAACUAUUUGCUUUAUCGUACGCUUCCAAAGGUGUGAGGUCCAUGAGUGUUAGACUUUCACCCAGUGUACACGACAUUGGUGAUAUUGGCUUCAUUCCAACACUUAUAGAGAUGUCGAAAAAGAACGGAUAUGUGUAUUACCCGGGAACGGGAGAAAACGUAUGGCCUGCUGUCCACAGACAAGAUGCUGCUGUUCUUUAUAGAUUGGCACUCGAGGGGGCUCCGGCGGGUUCUAUAUUGCAUGGAGUUGGAGAAGAAGGAAUACCGGUAAAAACCAUCGCUGAAGCUCUUUCAAAGAAGUUAGGACUCACAAAGUGCUCAGUCCCAGCUGCUGAGCUUCCUGAAAAGCUUGGGCCAAGGUUUGGUGUUAUUUUUGCGUUGAACAACCCCACGAGUAAUGCAAAGACGAAAACAAUAACUGGGUGGAAACCAACAGAAAUUGGCUUGAUAGAGGAUAUACUCGAAAAUUACUAGAGGAGUUUAGUGAAUACGCAUAUACCGGAAAAAA